AUGUUCCGCUUCGUACGUAACCCAAUCCCCAAUCUCCUCCAAAAACACCCCACUAACAAACCCCAGAGCAAAACACUCGACCCAAUCACCCUCUUCCACUCGCCCUCGCUGGCGGCGUCGACACGCACCCUCAACAUCCUCAAGCAGGCCUCCGCAACAGCCGGCGAAGUCGCAACCGAAGACCAGGCCAGUGACCACUCCCGACACGCCAAGCAGCAGCGUGGCGACUUCGAGCUCGAGGUCACUACCAGCCCGCCGACUCUGGACCAGCUGCGCAGUAUCUUGGACUAUGUCUCGCCUGUCAGUGGUAUUGGCGGUCCUGGCGAGAAGGUGACGUAUGGUGUUGCGGAGCUUGUGAAGGGGGCUCGUGAUGCGGAGGAUGCUUUGAAGAAGUUUAAGGAGGAUAAUGAGAACUUUGUUAGACCUGUGACUGUUGACUGGACCAACGGCCGUGCCGUCAUUGGAGAUCAUGAGUCGGAGAUUCUGCGCAUGGUGCGUCAGCUUCCUGCGAACUAA